UAACAUUUAGGCUUAAACAAAAAUUAAAAAAAAAAUAAUUUAUUCCAUUCAAAAUUUGGCUAAAAAGGAAACCAAGAAAAAUAAAAUUCAAAAUGGAUCCGCAACAACAAUUUUGUUUAAAAUGGAACAGUUAUUCCUCAAAUUUGGCAAUGACAUUUUCAAAUUUAUUUAAAUCUGACCUGUUAGCUGAUGUAACAUUAUCUUGUAAUGGCACAGUUUUUACAGCGCAUAAACUAAUUUUGGCAGCAUGUUCGAAAAAAUUUGCCGAUAUAUUCGAAAGAGCACCCACCAAUGGACAAUGUGUUGUAAUAUUAGAGGCAACAUCACCAGAAAAUAUGGCAGCAUUAUUAGAAUUUAUGUACAAAGGUGAAGUUCAUGUAUCACAAGAAGCACUUAACAGCUUUUUAAAGUCAGCAGAAAAUUUACAAGUUAAAGGAUUAUCAACGGAACAUGGAAGAUUAGCGGCCGCCCAAUCACAAUCACACGAAUCACCUAUUGAAUCACCUACAAACAGACGGCAUAAUAGUCGUAACAGUCUUUCAUCACAAGGAGGAAAUGAAGGUAGCAAUAUCAGUGGUAUUGGAGGUGUUGGUAGUGGGGCUAGCGGCGUUAGUGGUAAUUCUGGUGUUGGAGGUGUAGGAGGAAGCUUAAAGCAAGAAUGUGAUUCAUUAAUGCAUCCAAGUAGCUCAAGUUUAGGUGGUAUUCCAUCAUACCUUCCCUCAAUUUAUCGCCCAUUAACUUACGAUCCACCAAGAAAAAGACAUUUCAGAAGUCCUUUCCCUGAACAAGAAACACGCGGUAGUGUACUAAGAGACGGAUCAAAAGGUAGUUCUGAAAGUGCAAGUCCACUAAAUAAAUCAUACAGACCGUCAAGUAGCGCAUCAUCAACAGCACCUACAGAAGCGGAUACAAUGCAAUCAGAAAGAGCUUCACCACAAUCCAGCAGAUAUGAAAAUCAUAGUCCACCAACAACAACGGCAGGUAAUGGUAAUAGUACAACAAGUUGUUCAGAUCGUAUCGAUAGGCCUGAAAGGAAUAAUGGUACCACCAAAAACGAACCCAUCGAUGAUGAUAAAGAUGAUCUUGAAUCAAAUGAUAAUGGCGCCGAAGAUUUACGUGUUAAAAUGGAAACAGCUUAUUCACCACAACCGCCAACAUCAAACACAGCCCCACCAACCCCGACAGCUAUUGAUUAUCAAAAAGCAGUUGAUGCAGCAAUACCGGGAGGUUUAGCGUCAAUUGCUCCAGCGGAUAUGUUGAAUGUUUGGAAUGCAGCCAAAUUAAAUAAUAAAAAUAGUGGGAUGGUGAAUACAGCUGACGGUAGAAAAAAAUUAAAGUGCCUCUACUGUGACCGUUUAUACGGAUAUGAGACUAAUUUAAGAGCUCAUAUAAGACAACGUCAUCAAGGUAUACGAGUACCGUGCCCCUUCUGUUCGAGAACAUUCACACGAAAUAAUACAGUACGCCGACAUAUUGCACGCGAACAUAAACAAGAAAUUGGUAUCAAUCAAUUACAGGCUGGACAAAAUCACGCCCAAUAGAAAAAGUUUAAUUUGUUUUUUUCUUAUUUAAAUUUAAAAAUGAUACAACAUAAAUAAUUUUUUUUAUUAUGUAUAUCUUCAUGGUUUCUUUUACUUUAAAAUUAUUACUUUAAAAAAUUA